AUGGUUAUGUCAAUUAAGAAAUGCUAUGGUAAUACACAGAAAGUCGAGUUGAGUUCUCUUUUAGAAUCAGAAGGUUUGCAAAGUCAAAUAGCACAACAAAAGAAAGCUUUGGAAGAGAAAUUCAAUGAAGAGAACGAUGAGACUUCAAAUGCGUAUAAACAUCACUUCAUACCGGGACCAUCUUUCAAUUCGAUGACUGAUAUAAUGCCACCUGCACCUCCUUUACCACCACAAUUAAUGGCCAAAUUACCAGAUAAUGAUACAGACGCACUUUCAAGUAUGUUGAUGUCAUGGUAUAUUAGUGGUUACAUGGUAUAUUACACAGGUUAUUACCAUGGUUUGAAACAAGCAAGAAACAAUCAAGAGAACAGGAAGAACUGUUGA